AUAUUGAUUUCAAAGAGGUACCAACCAUAGUUCGAAGACGCAAAUAGCAAUCAGAAUUCUUUGUUCAUAACACGAAUUUAAAAAAUAAAAUUAUUUGAUAGUCAAAUAUCAUACGUUUUGCUACCAAAUUUAAGGACUCUAAGAAACGUAUAUCUGCUAGAUCGGAGAGUCUAGUCAACAUGAAACUUUGUUUAUCAAUAUCUGCCCUGCUCGGGUUUAUUGUCCUCGUCAGUGGAGCUGCCAGUAACGUGGGAUGCUUCGUUUCAAAAGACAGCUGCACGGCUUUCUUCUCCGGAUUUCCGCAUGUUCAGAGUGACCUAAACAAGUACACCAAACAGAUGCUGGACAAGUCGUUCGAUUUCUUGCUACUUUCGUCGACAUUCGAUGUGUACAGCAUGAAUCGACCCGGUUUCAAAAAACUGUACCGCAAAACUUCUGACAAAGCCUGGGAGGACACAAUCGAUCUGAUCAAGUACCAAAGCAAACGAGGCGCCAGUGUAACACUGUUCAAGGGAAAUGAGGAACCGAUCACUGCUCGGAACAUCUCCAGUCUGCUGCAGAGCAGCGAAAGCUCGUCACUGCAGUUGGCGCUGGACUACGAGAAGAUAAUGGCCACCGAAGCGCAUCACAUUCACAAGAAGAUUUCCCAUGCUGACAUCAACAAACACUACGAUCCGGACGUGGCUCACUACUUGGACGAGAAACUGAUCGAGUAUCAAAGUGGCGAGAUUCGCAAAUUGUCCGGAUAUAUUACUAAUUUGUACGAUAUAAUGAACGAGGCUAAUACCAAAGAAUUAGGCAUUGAACUGUUCGACGAGUAUCUGAAUAAGGUGGAAUAGAUACUGAAUGGUUGAAUGUCUCAAUAGUUGUAUAUUAGAAUUUCAAUUGUUGGCGAAACCGCUACGCACUAGUUCGAUUAUGCUACAGAAUGGCAUGUAGGGAUAUAUCAACUGUUUGAUAGUUGCUAAUGUGAAUAAAUUUGAAGUACAAUUGGUUUGCGUUCUGGAAA